GACGUGUACUAUUCAGAGUGUUUGCAAGUGAGUAAUGAAGGCUCGUCUCGGUGUGGACAGAAGGAUUGUGUUGUGGUGGAUAAUGGCCGUGGGUCUGGAGAUUCUUUAAGAGCCAUUUUGUCUGAUCCUGUCAUGUAAACUAAACCCAUUUUUAUUUUAUUUUUUAAGGUUGAUUUAGUGUGUAUUUUAGUAGUUUUAAUUACUACCAGAGAUACGAUAGUUCUGUAACUGGUGUGAAAAUGAAGAACUUGUGUGAUUUGGUGGUAGCCUUUCUAGGGUUUUAGAGGCUAGUCAUGUUUUGCUGAGAUUGCUGCUUUUUUAUUGUGAAUGUGAGCUUGUUGGGGAAGUUGCUCACGAUAGCCUCCUCGCUGCCAUGAGGGGGAGCACUCAUGGAUGAUGCGAUGAUAUUGCCUUGUGGACAUUCUUUUGGAGCUGCUGGAAUACGGCAAGUUCUUAGAAAUAAAGCUUGCUGCACCUGUUCACAGCCUGUUUCAGAAGACUCAAUAUCUCCAAAUCUGUACUUGGCGUUUCUUAGAGAGGAAGAAUUACAAUAUUACCGCUCAUGUAAGAGAAGAAGAGAAAGGUUUGACCAGGACAAGGGUAAUUUUAGUGAUCCCUCUGUAGCUCUAAGGGGACAAGGUGUUCAGUUUCCAUUUGACAUGACAGAUCGGGUUAUCGUAAAGGGGAACAAAAGGACACCACAGCGCUUUGUUGGACGUGAGGCUGUUGUUACUACACAAUGCUUAAAUGGAUGGUAUGUGGUGAAGACUUUGGACAAUGCAGAAAGUGCAAAACUGCAGUAUGGUUUCCUUGCCAAGGUUUCUGAUGAUCUAACUGCUGCAAAGCCAAUGUCAAGCAAGAUGGCACCAAACUGGCUAUCAAUCAGAUGUAAAGAAAAUACCUGUAAUAUGCCUUGUAAAUUAUAGAAAAAGCCAAUGUCAAGCAAUAUUGCAUUUUAGGUCUCUGCAAUACAUAAAUCAAUUUUUGAUUGAACAUUUGAGUAGCUAUAAAUAUGAAUUACAUUUAUGCAAAUGUUAAAGUGAUUGUUGUUUUAUAAAGAUUGUAUUAUUGGC